GAGAAAUAUACGGCCUUUAUACAUAGUGACCAGAAAUUACGUCGUCAUAGGUAACAUGUCUGUGGGUUUAAUACAUAGCUUUACAUGUGACAUUGGCGAAUCAUGCAUUGUUCAGCCAGAUUUGGAUCGGAACCCGUGACCCUCAGCUGACACAGACUGACGCCUUAACUACUGGUUUUACCUGCUCCAAUUCAGCAGAGAUGGCUGGAGAAUUGUACCCCCUUGAGUCCAUUCACAAUUUCAUUGAGAAGACCGUUAUCAUCGAGAAGCCACAAAGGUAUGUGUCAAAGUUCAGGCCGACAGUUCUUGAGGAGACCAAACCCACAAAUUAUAUGAAAACGAUGGGGCCAACUAGAUUGGACGUGCCCAUCCCUACCAAUUACCUGAAAAAGCACUCCAAAGAACCCAAACUACCAGAGAUCAAACAGGUCAAGACUCAUUACAUCUGUUCAUCAAAGAAGCCAGCGGUCCCUACAGGGCCAUUUCUGCCUCCCGUUACCACCCCUACAAAGCGAAAGACGACCACACCAAAGGGACCCAAACAGACUCCGUGUGUUGUUGACACAAACAAGGGACACAAGGAGUACCAUAAUAGAAACUCUGGACUUGUCCCUGUGUAUAUAAGGAAAAAGGAUUAUGGAGAAGUACCAAACUAUCUGAUGCGCCGCAAAGCAAAGCAUCAAAAGGCACUCGAAGAGUACAACAUUAAUCUGAAAAAGCAGGAGGAGCAUGAAACCAUGAAAUACCUUUCUGACAUGGAAUGUCAGGCCAUCGUUGAGGACCUGAAGCAGAAAUACAAUGAGCUGAAUGCAGAGUACCAGCGCCUCCCAUUUAUGAUAGACACCCCGUCAAUGAAGACUCGUAAGGUACGUCUCGAGGUGGAAAUGAAGCAGCUGGAGGAUGACAUUAAACUCCUUAAUCGGUUGGAGUCUAUCUGCAAAAACAAGUAGCACACAGAUGUGCAAAUAGGGUGCCGACCAUCUGUGUCAUCGACUGAACUCAACUAGUGGACAGUAAAAACGCGAGGUCAUGUGGAUGAUUUCAUUUGAAUGUUUGAGGACCUGUGCCAGGCAAUUCCAACAUUGUUGGUCAGAAUUAAACUCAUUCAUUGCCAACCCUGCUAGUUACAAUGCAUAUUUGGCAUAAUCGCCAUCAAUAGCAGUGAAUGAGAAAUGUAUUUUUACAUUCUUGCUGGAAGUGGGCUUGUGCUGUUGUUCCUCUUUUGGGGGAUGUUGUAAUUUUGUUGUCAUACAAUUAAAUAUUAAAAAUCCAAAUGCACAAAUGGAUGAGAGUGAAGUAUCCACUCAGGCAUCACAGUCUGUCCAUGUUAUUGACUUAACACAAUUGGAUGGUUGAGUAUUUUAUGGCUGUCAGUUGAUGUUUUUUUUUUAUUACACUUUUAACAGAAUGUUGAACCAAUGUUGCGUUUGUACUAUUUAUACUGUGCUUCAGAAUUGUUCUGUCAGUCUGCUGUUUUGAUUGCAAAACAGAAAUAAACGAAUAUUGCUCCCUUCAACC